AUGAUAACAGCACGAGAGCUUCGACGCAUCAAAUCCCAGGCUCGGUCACCUAUUAUUGAGCAAUUUGGUACGUCAUUGCAAGGCAUUGGCACGAUUAGGGCAUUCGACAAAGCAGACUCCUACAUGGAUAAGAUGUAUCGAAACAUCGAUGACCAUACAUCAGCUCAUUACUACAUCAUUCUCUUCAAUGAGUGGAUGGCGUUCAGAACAGGAAUGGCCGAUGCAUUAUUCGGCGCAUGUCUAACAUUCAUCCUCAUGUCGACGAAGGGUAUUGAACCUUCGCUUGUUGGAUUUGCUCUCAACUUCAUGCUUGACGGAGCCCAGCUAAUUGGAUCGGCAAUUGACAAGUAUACCGAGACACAGCUAGACAUGAACUCGACUGAACGUAUAAUUGAAUACUCACAGGUUGUCACAGAAGACCAUACUGGAGAAGAAGUUCCAGCAGGAUGGCCAAGCAAAGGCCGAAUAGAGGUUGAUAAUAUCACAGCAUCCUACUCGCCAGAGCUGCCACCGGUCCUCAACGGGCUUACAUUCAGUGUUGAGCCAAAUCAUCGCGUCGGAAUUGUUGGGCGCACGGGUUCUGGCAAGUCAACUUUGACACUCGCAUUGUUCAGGCUUCUAGGGCUUCGGGGUGGCACGAUUCACAUCGAUGGUAUAGACAUUUCAACCAUAAAACUACACGACCUGAGAAGCCGGCUGUCAAUUAUACCCCAGGAUCCAGUUCUGUUCUCAGGCACGAUACGCUCAAACCUGGACCCUUUCAACGAGUACACUGAUGAGCAGCUGCAGACAGCCCUAAAGCGGGUGCAUUUCCAGUUAUUCAGCGGAGAGACAGACGAGGAGAGCGGUAACGAUGGAGGUGAAGAAGACCGAAGUAGGACGCCGAGUCUCGACUAUGCCAUUAGCGAGGGUGGACUUAGUCUUUCACAGGGACAGCGGCAGCUGCUCUGCCUGGCUAGGGCAAUUGUUGCGCGCCCAAAGGUCAUGGUUCUCGACGAAGCGACAUCUGCCGUCGACAUGAAGACGGAUGCCCUGAUCCAGCGUAGCAUACGCGAGGAGUUCCAAGACUCGACGCUGCUGGUUGUCGCCCAUCGUCUGACCACGGUAGCCGACUUUGACCGUAUCCUGGUCAUGAAGGAGGGCGAAGCCGUCGAAUACGACUCGCCAGGGGCUUUGAUGAAGGCUCAUGGGGUCUUUUGGCGUAUGGUCCAGGGGAGUGGAGAACGAAAAGAGCUGCAAUCGCUUCUCGAGGACAAGUUCUAG